UCUAAUGGAAAAAUCCUUGAGGCCAAUUGUCUGGAUUUUAAUUUCACUGGCGCAUUUAUUUAUCAGUCUUAUCUCACAUAUUUCAACAUUAGAAUACGUUCACCAACUUAUCACCAUUUAUUCCAUUCAUCAAUAACAAUUCCGCAUCAACUGGUUUUAUAGAAAAAAACGAUAACCGGAAAGUGAAGAAUUUAUUGUGCAAUUACAUCGCAAAGUUGCCAAUUACCCGUCGAAUAAAAAUAUUAUAAAUAAAAUAAAUGAAUAAAUACACCAGGAGGAUUCAUCUCUAGAUGCUCUAUCGAUUGAUCCGACCCCCGAAUUUAUUGAUUCACUGGAGCCUGAUUAGAAUGUCCACAAAAAUGAAUCCGGGGAUUCCCCUGACGAGAGUUGUGGAGGCGAUGAAUAAUUUUGCUGACCAAUCGCUUGCGGAGUCCUGGGAUAAUGUCGGACUCCUGGUGGAACCGACGGAGUGCAAAAAUAUCUCUAGGAUACUUCUCACUAAUGAUUUAACCGAGAGAGUCAUGAAGGAGGCGAUUGACCUCAGGACCGAUCUCAUCAUUUCGUAUCAUCCGCCGAUUUUCGCGCCUCUGAAGAGCGUCACCACGAGAACGUGGAAGGAAAGAAUUGUGGCGAAAUGUCUGGAGCACAAAAUAGCGCUUUAUUCACCCCAUACUUCAUUCGAUUCAAUUAGAGGUGGGGUUAAUGAUUGGCUGGCUGGUGCCUUCGAGACUUUAACGUGCGAACCGAUUCAACCCGCCCUGGAUAAUUCUCGGAAUGGAAUGGGCAGAAUUUGCACUUUGAAAACACCGAUAACCGAUCAAGAAGCUGUCAAUCUCGUCAAACGUCAGACUAAUUUGAAUUUCGUUAGACUGGCAAGAGUUCACAAUCCAGAUAAAAUGAUUAAAACUGUCGCCCUUUGCGCGGGAUCUGGAGCUUCAGUUUUAAAAAAUGUCCAGGCUGAUCUCUUCGUCACUGGAGAAAUGCUGCAUCAUGAUGUCCUGGAUGCUGUCCACCGAGACACCGCUGUCAUUUUAACUAAUCACUCGGACUCCGAGAGAGGAUUUCUUCCGGAAUUCUCAGGAAUUCUGGGGAAGUCCCUGGGAGACGGAGUCGUGAUUAACGUUUCGAAAACCGAUAGGGAUCCCCUCAUGACUGUCUAAAUCCCCCAUCAACGAAUAAAUUCUUUCAAAAUC